UCCCAUCUCACGGAAUUGCCCAGUAGCCGUUGACGGCUCUUUAGGAGACGGAUCGAGCCCACUGUAACACUUUUCUUUUUUUCUUUUUCAUUUGUUUUGUGGAAAAAGAAGAGGAGUACAAUCUCAGGGCUCACCAUACUCAAUGAGCGGACAGCGCAAUGUCAGAGCGCUCUGGGCAAACUGCAAAGGGGAAGGAUGGCAAAACCAAGUAUGCGUCUCUCAACCUGUUUGAUACAUACAAAGGAAAGAGCCUUGAAGCACAAAAGCCUGUUGUUCCCCCCCGCCAUGGCCUGCAGUCUCUUGGUAAAGUUGCCUCUGCGCGGCGUAUGCCACCCCCUGCCAACCUGCCCAGUCUGAAGGCAGAGAACAAAGGCAACGACCCCAACGUCUCGCUCGUUCCCAAAGACGGCACAGGAUGGGCAAGCAAGCAGGAACCAGCAGACCCAAAGAGUACCGAUGUAUUGUCAGCACCGCAGCCGGAAUCGCAGCAGCCUGUGGUUUCACAGAUGCCUGCAUCGACCCGCCCGAGAACCCCGCCAGCUCCAGAGGCUCUAGCGCCAGCUUCAGCCCAGGCCGCAGGGGCAAGGUCCUGGGCACAGGCCAGUGUUACACUUGGAACACAAGGGGAUGGUGGAAAGGGAUCAAACCAACCGUCGCCAUUCUCUCGCGAGGAAUUUCCCACCCUGCAGGCGGCUGGCGACCAGGACAGAGCUGGCAGAGAACAGGGCACUGCAGAUCAGUGGUAUGGGCCCGGACCAAGCCUCCGCCCCCAGAACGUUACAAGUUGGCGGGACGGUGGGGGCCGUGCCCUGGCACCCACCCUGUCCGGGGAGGGGGUAGCAGAGGGUGGCAGUGGCGGGGUUAUGGUGAUGGAGGGGGCGGCUGGGGCAGGCCAGUUACCCCCUCAGAACCCCCAGUCCCAUGGGCCACCUAGGAACCCCCCAGCAGGCAGCCCCGCCCUGCCCCUGCCCCAGCCACCCGUGGGGCCUGGGUUCCCCCCAUACCGGGGGAUCAUGCCUCCCUUCAUGUACCCUCCCUAUCUGCCUUUCCCACCCCCCUAUGGCCCCCAGGGGCCCUACAGGUACCCACCACCUGGGGAGGGGCCUGCCCCCAGGUUCCCUCGUGGUCAGGGUGGUCCUGAUGGAAGGCCUCAGGGUAGUCCUCGUGGUGGAGGUGGAGAGGUUGUGAAGCGCCCCUCCAUCCUGAAGCAGGAUGACCUGAAGGAGCUGGAUGAGCUGGACCAUGAUGGAGAUGAGGGUUGGGCAGGGGCACAUGAGGAGAUUGAUUACUCCGCCAAGUUGAAGUUCAGUGAUGAUGAAGGAGAAGAAGAGGGUGACGAGGAUAGGAGCGGAGAGAGCAAAAAUGGCUCACGGGAGCAGCAGAGAUCCCAGGAUGGCCCCUCUGUGACCUCUCGCUCUCGAGCCUCAGACAGCAGUGGGGACACCCGCCGCACCCCUCCCACAAGUACUGAUGAUGGGCCCACACCACCCUCCAGCAAGCCAGGAUGGGCCGAGGAGGGAGGCAGUGGUUGGGGCAGCCAGGGGGCAACAUCCAACUACCAGGGGCGCAGGCCUGGACUGGGUGGGCCCCGGGAGCAGCCCUCCCCCCCACCUGGGCCGCUCCUUGGACAAGGGCCCUACUCCUAUUACCGACAGGACCGGCCUCAUAACCAGGGUGCCUCUCUAGCCCCUGGGAAGGCUGGGCCCUCUCAACAUCAGCCAGCAGCGGGAGGCCCCACCCCUCCUCCCCAGGCUGGUCUGCUGGCACCCGGGGCCCAAGGGGAGGAUGAGGAUGAAACUUGGCGUCAGCGCAGGAAGCAGUCCUCCUCUGAGAUCUCUGCUGCUGUGGAACGUGCCCGCCGGCGCCGCGAGGAGGAGGAACGUAGGAUGGAGGAGGAGAGGCGUGCCGCCUGUGCGGAGAAGCUGAAGAGGCUGGAUGAGAAGCAGCAACAGCAACAGGGCAGCAGUACAGGUGGGGGCAAUAGUAAAGCCCCCAGCCUUGACGGGAACUCUACGGCUGCCACAGCAGGCAGCCCCAGUCCAUCUCUGUCAGCCUCAGCCUCCUCCCCCAAUGUCAGUCAGCCCCCGUCCCCUUGUGUGGACCCUGAAGAGCCCCCACCACUGGCUGUCCAGUCAGGGUCAGGCUCUGGAACCAGUGACAGGCAACGCGCUAACAGCAACAGCAGCUAUGACUCUAGUGCAGAUGCACAGCAGUGUCCUCAGCCUCCUGUGCCCCAACCACAGCAGCCCCCUCUCGAGGCACCUUUACCAGUAGAGAGUAAGGAAGAGGCCCUCGGCAGUGCUCACCUCCGUACUGGAGGAGGUGGUGGUGGUGGUGGAGGAGGAGGAGGAGGAGGAGGAGGAGGGGGAGCAGUGGACACUGUAAAGAUUGAGAAUAUGGGAGGGGGUGCAGGUCGUCAAGCCAGUGGUCCCCCUGGCCAGGGAUACUCAAAGUACCAGAAGUCUCUUCCACCACGUUUUCAGAGACAGCAACAGGAGCAGCUCCUGAAGCAGCAGCAGCAGUGGCAGCAACAGCAGCAGCAGCAGCAGCAGCAACAACAGCAGCAGCAGCAACAGCACAGCCAAGCAUCCCAGAGCCAGCUGCCACCCCAGCCACAGGUUCCACAGGGUCCCUCCCCAGGUUCUACACCCCAGCCUGGACCUGGACCCAAGCAGGGUGGGCCUCUGUAUCAGCCCAGCAGUAUGGGUCGACCCCCACCUCUGCCAAUGAACUUUGACCCACGCUGGAUGAUGAUGCCGUACAUGGACCCUCGCAUGAUGCAAGGCCGCCCCCCACCCAUGGACUAUUACUCUGCCGGCAUGCAUCCUUCUGGGCUUAUGGGGCGUGAGCGGUCUGAUUCAGGUGGCUCUGGUUCAGACCCCUUUGACAGGCAGCAACAGCAUCCAGGGCACCCUCAUCGUGGGACCCCGCCUAUGGAUCCAAAGCUGGCUUGGGGGCCAGAGGUGUUCCCUGGGGGAGGAGAGGGCCGUGGGCUUACUUCCCCUCUGAGGCAGAAGCAGGUGAUGGAAGAGGACGAUGUGGCCAAGGGGCCCAGGAGUGACACCCCUCCACAUCGCAUGCGAGAAGGUGGACUGGGCCCAAUCCAGCAACCCAGCUCCAGCUCUGGGUCCUCAAAUCAGACCCCACCACCAGUGGGAACCCAAGUGGGGGCUCAGGGAGGCAGCCACCACCCCCAUCACUAUAUGGGUGGGCGUGGCAACUACAGCAACUUCCCUGACCAGGGUGCAAGGAUGCCCCCCCACCAGCAGCAACAGCAGCAGCAGAGGGGUGGUGAGAGGGGCAGCCAGCAGCACAGCUUCACACAACAGGAUGAGGGGCCUCCCCGGGGGUCCCAACAGGGCCAGAUAUGGGGAGCCCCACACCCCCACUAUGAUCGCAAUGGUCGGGCAGAUCUCUCUCCCAUUGAGAGCAACUCUCACCUUCACCACCAUCACAGCCACCACCCCCACCAGCCUCACUUCCCUCUUCACCCCCACAAGUCUGAGAAUGGUCGUGAGAGAGGUGGUGAGGCCCCCACUAAGAAGGGUGACCCCUCUCCCCCACUUCACCAGCCCUCUCUCUCAUCGUCCUGCUCUUCCUCCUCCUCCUCUUCCUCUGCUAGGGAAGAUGGAAGUGGCAAAGUCACCAUGCAUCACCACCCAGCUCAGAGGGAGACUGAGGCUGGCGUUGGGCACAGUGUUGGUGAAAGAGCCAGCAGUGGUAAUGUUGGCAGUAGCAGCCAUGUGAAACAGGAGAAAACAGGUCCAGCUUAUGCUCCCCAUUCCUCCUUGACCACUGGUCCACCUUCCUCUCAACAUGGCAGCCAUGCUCAGCCUCAUCAGCAGCAGCAGCAUCCCCAACCCAAAUCUAACCAAAGAGGGGGACGGGAACACAAGACAGAAACCCAGUGGGGCCCACGGCCUGGCAGCAGCAAUACAGGGGUGGCCUCUUCACAUGGCAGGAGGGCCAACAAUGCAGGAGUAGGUGGGAACAACACCCGUGGAGGGGAGGACUCCUCCAACACAACAGACCACAAGCCCUCCAGCCAAACAGGAGGCAGCAAUCCUAACAAGAGGGCAGGCCCAAUUAAAAAGCCAGUACUGAAGGAAAUGAAAAGAGAGGGUGGGGAAGCUGAUGGAGGAGAGAAAGUGGGUUCAGGCCCUGGUAAAGAUAAAGAGCAAGAUGGUGGCCAGCUCCCCUCCACGAAGCAGGAAGCCUCUGCCAUAUCCCAGAAUGCAACAGCUCCAUCUGGCAAAGAUGAUCCAGCCCAGACAGCUAAGCCCAGGAAUGGAGGAAAAGAACGGUCCUCAGGAGGAGGAGGUGGCGGGUUAGGCAGAGGUCCUAAAGAUGCAGACACCACUUCAUCAGGAUUUUCAGGCUCUUCCUCCAGGAGGGAACGGGACCGCUCCUCUGAGAGAGGAGGCAACACUUCCUACCACCAUGGAGUCUCUGCCAGAGGCAGCAGAGCCAGCCGUGGAAGAGGGGGAGAGUUCUACGGUCGUGGUCGUGGUUACAGGGGCACCUACACGGCCAGUGCUGGGCCUAGUGGUGGCAGUCGGGGCAGAGUGGGCGGCAGGAGCGGCAGAGACUACCGCUCAUCUGCUGCCAGUGGCUACCACCAGGAGUUCAAGGGUGAAGGGGCUGGUGGCAGACAUGGUCAGGACCGGUCCCAACACAACCCAGCACGUGCCAGAAACCGUAGUGAAACCCGUAGCGAGGGCUCAGAGUAUGAAGAGAUACCGAAGAGGAGGAGGCAGAGGGGCUCAGAGACUGGCAGUGAGAGUGGUGGCAGUGAUCUUGGUCACUCGGACAAGGAGGACACCCGGAAACCCAACACCAAGAAUGGCUCUGAUAAUGCCGCCACCACUGGCAGCAGCAGUGUUUCAUCUGCACCAGCCAGAGGUUCCCAGGCCCGUGUCUUCACCCCCAGGGGCGUACCCUCCAGAAGGGGAAGGGGUGGAGGCAGUGGAGGAGGAAGUAUCUACAGGAGCAGUGGUAGUGCAGGAGGAAUGGCUGGAGGGCACAGGGUUGGAGCCAGUUCAGCCUCACACGGCUUGUCUUCCAAAUCUUCAGCAUCAGCCCGGAAGCAGCAGGCCCCACCUCAGUCCUCCGGGCCCAAGGACACGGGCCGUGGAGGAAACGGUGGGGAGAAGAAGGACAAGGCAGCUGAUGGAAGCCAAGCCCAGAGUCAAGGGGCCAAUGCCCCUCAGUCCUCUUUACCUACUGCUGCUCCCUCUACUCAAGGUUCCACUGAGAAUGGAGGGGUUGUGACCCAGCAGUCUUCAGCCAACUCCACAUCAAACUCUGGAGGACCCAACGCGCUCCCGCUCUCCAGUGGCCGAGGGUUCCAUCCCAGUGGAUUUGAGCGACCUCCUAGACGUCGCCGCCAUGGGCGUUCCCAGCACCAGCAGGACAAGCCGCCACGCUUCCGGAGGCUGAAGGAACGAGAGAAUGCAGCACGCAUCAAUGGAGGAGUUGGGGUCAUUGGAGGAGGACGACCCUCCUCUCCCUCCCUGAAUUCAGUUCAGGACAAUGAUGGUGCCCCCAUCUCUGCCCCCAUCACAGGUAAUGCCCCAAAUGCUAACCACAAUGCCACACUAACAGCCAACAGUAACAACAACAGCAGCAGUGGUGGUGGGCAUCUUGGCAAUACAAACAGCCACCACCACCACCACUACAACCAGGGCAACCCUGGGCAGACCCACUCCCAGCACCACCACAAUCAUGGAGCGAAGUCCCCUGACUUCUCCAACCAGAACUCGGACCAGGCCAACGAGGAGUGGGAGACGGCCUCUGAGAGCAGUGACUUCACAGAGUUCCGAGAGAGAGAGGGAGGAGGAGGCGGAGGAAAGUCCUAUUCUUCUCACCAUCAUCACCACCUAGGGAGGGGAGGAGGGGGUAGCGGUGGAGGAGGAGUGGUAGAGCGUGAGAUGGCAGGGAAAGAGUCGUCAGCAAACAAACGAAGUUUCUCUAGCCAGCGGCCUGGAAUGGAGCGUCAGAACCGGAGGGUCAAUGCUGGAAGUGCAGGAGGAGGAGGCGGAGGAAGAGGCCCUCGAGGCCCGCCUGGGGGCGCCGGCGGUGCUGGUAAUGGAGGUGGCAACCGUGGAGAGAGGCGAGGAAACUGGCCCUCACCAAAAAAUAGGAAGUGAUGGAAGAUUUCUGAACAUUUCAGAUGAACCCCACACCCAUUUAAACCCACCUUCUUACAUCUUUAUUCCUCUUGAUCAUUUUCUCAUCCCUUAUCUGUUCUCAUCCCUUAACAUAUUAGCACAUUGUACAGUA